AUGGCUGAAAUUACAGUUAUUUAUCUUCGUACACGUAAAUAUAAUGCUGCAAUUAAGUUAUUUAAACAAUCGUUAGAAAUUGACCGAAAAAAUGAUGAUAAUGACAAUAUAGCUCAAGAUUUUCGAAAUCUCGCCCUAGCAUAUACAGCAAACGGUAAAUAUGCUAUUGCUUCUCGUUAUUUGAGAAAAGCAUCUAAUAUGCAACGAAAACUGUCGCCUGAAAAUCGUUUGAUUUAUGCAAGUACUCUUAUUAAUAUUGGUUUAAUUAAUUCUAAACAACAGUCUAAUCGUGCGCUUGAAUAUUAUUUUCGUGCGCAAAAAAUAUAUAAAAAAUUAUUACCGUUUUCUGAUCCUAGACAUUUUGAUCUACUAAUUUGCAUUGUCAAUUGGUAUAACGCGAAAAAACAAUAUAAAACAGCAGAAUUAUAUUGUAAAAAGUCACUCAGACAACAACAAAAAACCCUACCUGAAAAUUAUCUAACUAUUGGUAAAACGCUAUUCACAAUUGGCGAUAUACUAAUGGAUUCAGAUUAA